AUGACAACUUGUAUACCAGCAGGAACCGGUAAACUGCAUUUCAGAGCAAGGGACUUCAAUGCACAAGGCUGCAGAAAGGCUUCUUGGGUCACAUUUAGUGAGCUUUCAUGGUCGCGUGGGGUUUCAAAGUUUCUGCAAAUUCAGAGAUGUAACUCCUCCCAAUCUCCAAUCAAUGAGAGCUCAAAGCCCUUCAGAACCGUCACUUCAUCAAGCUUGAGAGAUGGUUCCACUAAAUAUUUUGAUUUUACUGUUAUUGGUAGUGGAGUCGCUGGCCUCCGCUAUGCCCUGGAAGUGGCAAAAUAUGGAUCUGUUGCUGUCAUUACCAAGGCUGAGCCUCAUGAAAGUAAUACAAAUUAUGCUCAAGGUGGUGUUAGUGCUGUACUGUGCCCUUCGGAUUCUGUGGAGAGUCAUGUCCAGGACACCAUUGUAGCAGGAGCUUAUCUAUGUGAUGAGGAGACUGUCAGAGUUGUUUGUACAGAGGGGCCUGAAAGAAUUAGGGAAUUAAUUGCAAUGGGUGCAUCAUUCGAUCAUGGGGAGGAUGGAAACUUGCACCUAGCAAGAGAGGGGGGUCACUCUCAUCACAGAAUUGUUCAUGCUGCUGACAUGACUGGAAGGGAGAUUGAACGGGCACUGUUAGAGGCAGUUCUUAGGGAUCCUAAUAUAUUCAUGUUUCAACACCAUUUCGCUAUAGAUUUGCUAACAUCUCAGGAUGGUUCUGAGACAGUUUGCCUGGGUGUUGACACUUUGAAUACGAAGACACUUGAGGUGAUACGAUUUAUUUCAAAGGUGACUUUACUUGCAUCAGGUGGGGCUGGACAAAUCUAUCCGACCACAACAAAUCCUCCGGUAGCCACUGGAGAUGGAAUUGCCAUGGCCCAUCGAGCUCAAGCUGUAGUUUCCAACAUGGAAUUUGUUCAGUUCCACCCUACAGCUUUAGCUGAUGAAGGCCUUCCUGUCAAACCUUCCAAUCCUCGAGAAAAUGCAUUUCUCAUCACUGAAGCUGUCAGAGGUGAUGGAGGCAUUCUAUACAAUUUAGACAUGGAAAGGUUCAUGCCACUCUAUGAUGAACGAGCAGAACUUGCCCCCAGAGAUGUGGUCGCUAGAAGCAUAGAUGACCAACUUAAGAAACGUAAUGAGAAGUAUGUGCUGCUUGAUAUAAGUCACAAGCCGAGGGAUAAAAUUCUAUCACACUUCCCAAAUAUUGCAGCUGAGUGCCUUCGAGGUGGCUUGGAUAUAACUCGCCAGCCAAUUCCUGUGGUUCCUGCAGCUCAUUAUAUGUGUGGGGGUGUCCGUGCUGGACUCCAUGGAGAAACAAAUGUGCAGGGCCUUUAUGUGGCAGGCGAAGUUGCUUGCACAGGUUUGCAUGGAGCUAACCGUCUUGCUAGUAACUCAUUGCUUGAAGCUCUGGUUUUUGCUCGAAGAGCAGUCCAGCCCUCCAUUGAUCACAUGAAGAGCUCUAGCCUUGACUUCAGGGCGUCAACUUGGUGGUCCAGACCAGUUGUGCCUAUGUCACUUGAGCGCAAUGUCAUCAACAAAAUCUUGACCAUAACCAGGGAAGUAAGAAAAGAACUGCAAUCGAUCAUGUGGAACUAUGUUGGAAUUGUUCGAUCUACAACAAGGCUUGAAGCAGCAGAGCAAAAGAUUCAUGAUCUUGAGGCGAAAUGGGAGGACUACUUAUUCCGGUUGGGAUGGGAACCCACAAUGGUGGGGCUUGAAGCUUGUGAAAUGAGAAACUUCUUUUGUUGUGCAAAGAUGGUGGUGAGCAGUGCCCUUGCUAGGCAUGAGAGCCGUGGACUUCACUACACAAUUGAUUUUCCUCAUGUUGAAGAAAGUGAGAGGCUGCCAACAAUAAUAUUCCCUUGUUCGUCUGUAAAGAGUACAUGGAGUUCACGGCAACUACACAAUCAGCCAAUCUGUUAGGAAAUGCAGUUUUCCGGGAUCUGUUUCACUCAGUCAUGCUUAUAGGUAUAGAAAUUACAGGUUCUCAGCAUCAUUAAU